GCCAUUACCGACCUCUCAAUCCCUUCAAAUCCCCACCCUCCUCUCUCUAACACCAAACUUUCGAAGCAUCUCUCUCUAAAAACUCAAUAAUUCUCUGUGAUAUUUUCAUUUCUCUCUCUAUAAUUCACGAUAUGGCUCAGAAGACAGAAAAGGAAGAGACGGAGUUCAAGGUACCCGAAACUUUGACUCUAUGUAUCAACAAUUGUGGUUUCACAGGUAAUCCAGCUACCAACAACAUGUGCCAGAAAUGUUUCAACGCCACCACGGCCUCCGCUAAAUCAACCACCGCCACCGCCACCGCCACCGCCACCGCCACGACGACGGCUUCCGCAUCAACAACCUCCGCUGCAACAACAGCAACCACCAUGGAUUCUAGCACAAGCGGAGGUGGUGCGAUCUUAAAGUUCUCUAGCGAUAAAACUACAAGAUCUCGAUUGAUCGACCGGUCCUCAGAUGCCACAGGUACAACCAGUCAAAGUCCGGAGUCAGAUCGGCAUAAAGCCGACGUCGUUGAGAAGAGCGUGGUAAACCGGUGUUCCGGCUGUCGACGAAAGGUUGGUUUGACCGGAUUCAGAUGUCGAUGCGGAGAAUUGUUCUGUGGAGAACAUCGAUAUUCGGAUCGGCACGAUUGCAGUUACGAUUAUAAAUCAGCUGGUCGUGAUGCGAUCGCUAGAGAAAAUCCCGUCGUAAAAGCAGCUAAGAUUGUUAGAGUUUGAGUUUCAAAAGACAAACAAAAAUUAUCAACAUCAAAGCACGAGACCGACUCGAUCUCGUCGGAUCUCUUUCUCAGAAUUAUGGUGAUCGGAAAAAAUUUCUAGAGAGAGAAAGAACAAAUUCUUGAAAAGAUUUGUAUCUCUUUCGAUGAUGAUGCCUCUAUAAUUUGCUUUUUUUUAAUUGGAGUUGGUCUAUUGAGAUUUGAGAAAUGAAAUUAUUAUGGUUUUAAGAUA